AUGGUCAAGGCCGUUGUCGUGGCGGGGACACACAGCGGCGUGGGCAAGACGUCGAUCGCCGUCGGGCUGAUGGCGGCCCUGCAGGCGAGGGGCCUGGUGGUCGCGCCCUUCAAGGUCGGCCCAGAUUUUCUGGACGGCCUCCACCACACCGCCGCUACCGGCCGCCCCUCCAUCAACCUCGACGGCUUCAUGCUGACGCGCGACCAGGCGCUCGCCAGCUUCUCGCGCGCGGCGGCGGGCGCUGACGUGGCGGUGGUUGAGGGCGUCAUGGGGCUCUUUGACAGCAGGGACGGCCGGUCGGAGGACGGCAGCACGGCCCAGAUCGCCAAGUGGCUCGGCGCCCCCGUGCUGCUGGUGUUGGACUGCUGGGCCAUGGCGCGCAGCGCGGCCGCCGUGGUCAAGGGAUUCGCCGAGUUUGACCCGGACCUGAAUCUUGCGGGUGUGAUCUUCAACAAGGUCGGGGGCGCCGCCCACGCGGCCUGGCUUGAGGAGGCCCUGACAGCGGCCGGGCUGGCGGCGCGGGUGCUGGGCGGCGUGCCAAAGGACCCCGCUGUGUCGAUACCCGCGCGUCACUUGGGCCUCACCACACCUGCAGAGCAGCGGCCGCAGCACGCCGCUGCCGGCGGCGGCGGCGACGCCCCCAGCCGCGGCUACGCCGUGGGCGACGACGGCGGGUACAUUGGGCAGCUGCGCAGGCUGGUCGGGGACAAUCUUGAUCUGGAAGCCGUGCUGCAGCUGGCCGCUGAGAUUCCGGUGGUGCGCGCAGCCGCAGACGCGGCGCUGGCAGUCGGCACGCCUGCCGCAGAGGGAUGCACCGCAGGCGGCGGGGCGGACCGGCCCAGGCCGCGCAUCGGCGUGGCACUCGAUGAGGCGUUCCUUUUCUACUACAGGGACAACCUGCUGCUACUAGAGGCGGCCGGCGCGGAGCUCGUCACCUUCUCCCCGCUCCGCGACGCCGCGCUGCCGCCCCGACUCUCCGGGCUCUACCUCGGCGGGGGCUACCCCGAGCGCUUCGCAGCCGGGCUGGCGGCGAAUGCGGCCAUGCGCGCGCAGGUGGCCGCGUUUUCGGGGGCGGGCGGCGUCGUCUACGCAGAGUGCGGCGGGCUCAUGUACUUGUCGGCCAGCCUGGAGCCGGGCCCGGGCGCCGCUGAAGGCGCCGGGGCUGGGACCGUCGGCGGCAGGGGCGGGGAUGAGGUGGGUGCGUCGGGGUCGCCCUCAGCCGGCAAGAGGCAGGAGGAGGGCAAGCAGCAGCGGCAGCAGCAGCAGCGGCAGCAGCAGCAGCAGCAGCCGGCUGCAUACCCCAUGGUGGGCGUGUUCCCCUUCCGCACACGCAUGGCCGCGGCGCGCGGCAUGCGCAUGGGCUACUGCGAGGUGCUGCCGCUGCCAGGCUGCCCGCUGUUUUCGGUGGGCGGCGCGGCAGUCAGGGCCCAGAUGUUCCACUUUUCAGAAAUUGUGGAAGACCAUCAGGAGCACAGCAACGGCGACGCCGACAGCAACCCUGGAGGCGGCGGGGCCUGCGGAGGCGGCGGCGGCAGUGGGGGAGGCAGCAGAUGCGCGUACACGCGCACGUACCGACUGCAGAUGGUGGCGCCCGGCGCGGCGCCGGAGGCCGAGGGGUACUCGGUGCGCCGCACGCUGGCCAGCUACGUCCACAUCCAUUUCGGGGGCUGCCCGCAGCUGGCGGCCAGCCUGGUGGAUAAAUGCAGGGAGGUGGACGUGACUUAUGUCAGCGCCGCCGUGGCCCGCGCAUCGGGGGCGGCAGCAGGGGAGGAUAGCCGCGCUGCGUUGGGAGGGGCCGGCAGGGACGCCUGCCCGUACUGCUCUCGGCCGCACGGCCAAUCCGAAGCCGGCGCCGCCGGCGAGAAGCCGAGCGAGACCGCGGCGGCGGCGCCUGCUGCCGACGUGGCGCCACAGGGGCCGCAGCAUCCGGAGCCGCGGCCUCCGGAUCGCGCUGUUCCAGGCCGCAUCGUCUCGUUACUGCCCUCAGGAACGGAAAUUUGCCUCGCCCUGGGCCUGGGGCCGCCCCGCUUGGCGGCCGUGUCCGCAUUUUGUGACGAUGUCGUCAGCAGCGGCGGCUGCAGCGGUGACAGCAGCGGCAUCAACUGCGGCAGCGGAGCGGAGUUGGUUUCAGCGGCGCGAGCCGUCGGGGCGUCUCCGGUCGCCCACCUGCCCCGCGCCGUGAGGAGCCUGGUGGAUACCUCGGCGAUGACGAGCCGGCAGGUGGAGGAGCAGAUGCAGCGGCUGAAAGCGCAAGGGCGCCCGCCCUUCGAGAUCGACGUCGCCCUGCUGCGGCGCCUGCGGCCGGCGCUGGUGCUGUCUCAGGACGCGUGCGCGGCCUGCGACGCGACGGCCGCGCAGGCGUGCGCGGCGCUGCGCUCGGCCGGCAUCGGCGCAGGCGGCUGCCGCGUGCUGUCGCUGUCGCCGCGGACGCUCGCCGAGGUGGCGGAGUGCAUCGUCAGCGUCGGCGACGCGGCGGGCGCGGGCGGCGAGGCGCGGGCGCUCCGGCGCCCGCGCGUGCUGCUGCUGUGCGGGCUCGACCCCUUUGUCCUCGGCGGCCAGUGGAUCCCGGACCUCAUCGCCACCGUCUGCCGCGCCGAGGACGCGUCCGGCCAGCUGCCGGGCGACCCGCCCCUGAGGGUGACGUGGUCUGACGUCAUCCGGUUCGCGCCUGACCUGCUCGUCCUCAGCCCCUGCUCCCGCAGCCCGGGCAACGCGCUCGGGGAGGCCCUGGCACUUUCGACGCGGCCGGGCUGGUGGGGCAUGCCGGCCGUCGCGGCGCGAGAGGUGUAUAUAGCAGACCACGGGCUCUUCUCGCGCCCCGGGCCGGGCAUGGCGACGCGGGGCGCCGAGGUGCUGGCGCGGUUGGUGUGGGGGCCGGGGGCCGAGGGGCUGGGGCCGUGCCCCCAGGGGGCUGUUUUGAAGAUGCGGCCGCCGGAGGGCGUGGAGGAGGGGCCGGCGGCGAUGGAGAGAGGCUGGUUCGUGAACUGGGACUGA